AUGUUCACUGCCUCGGCCCGUCUAUCUGCGGUGGUACUGGUCCUUCUUGUGGCACUGUGCCACGCGGAUUACCCCUUCCGGAACACGUCCUUGCCAUGGCACGAUCGGGUGGACGACCUCGUUCAGAGGCUAACGGUGGAGGAAAUCACCUCUCAGAUGGCCAUGGGUGGCCACCCGCCCUGGCAGCCCGCACCGGCUAUCCCGCGUUUAGGAAUCAGCGCGUUCAAAUGGAACGGGGAAUGUGAAAGAGGUGCCAACGGCGUUCCGAAUGCCACGGCGUUCCCACAGGGCAUAGGUCUGGCAGCAUCCUUCAGCCCGUCCCUGAUAGAACAGGUGAUGACGGUUGUCAGCAUGGAAUGGAGAGCUUAUUACAACUCUGUCUCCAAGAAGACACCGCCAGAGAUAGGACUGAACUGUUACAGUACUACCUUUAACAUUAUGAGGGAUCCACGUUGGGGAAGGUGUCAGGAAACUUUUGGUGAGGACCCUUACCUGACGGGUCACCUUGGUGAGAGUUAUGUCCGCGGCGUACAAGGCACCCACCCCAAGUAUUUCAGGGUGGGCAUUGGCGCCAAACAUUUCGACGCUUAUGGAGGGCCGGACGACAAACCCAUAUCUAGGAUGAACUUUGACGCCAAAGUAUCGGAGAGAGAUUUGAGAACUACUUUCUUGCCCGCCUUCCGGCGGAUACUUGCUGCUGGCGCUGCGGGAAUCAUGUGUACCUACACUAGCCUAAAUGGUAUACCGACGUGUGCUAACCAAUGGCUGUUGACGGAGGUGCUCCGGAAUGAGUGGCAGUACUUAGGCUACACUGUCAGUGACGCGGGGGCGGUGUAUGGGGUUAGGACACAUCACAACUACACCCACAACGACGUGGACACGGCCGCCGCUUGCGUCAACGCUGGACUGAACCUAGAAGAUGGCACCGACCAAACUGGACUGAAACCCCCGUACUUGUCUAUAGCUGCAGCAGUGAAGGCUGGUAAGAUCACCGAGAACACGUUAAGGCGGAAAGCCCGUCCCCUGUUUUACACUCGCAUGAGGUUUGGGGAGUUCGACCCCCCGGAGGACAACCCGUAUAACGACAUCCCGCUUUCAGUGAUAGGACAGAGAGAUCACCUGGCACUAGCUGUAGAGGCGGCCAUGAAGUCAUUUGUCCUGCUGAAGAACGACCAGAACAUUCUGCCCCUUAAGAGCACACCCUAUGACCGUAUAGCGGUUGUCGGACCGCUUGCCAACAACAUCGUGGAACUGUUCGGCAACUAUCACUCUGACAUCGUUCCAAGUUACUGCUCAACACCACUAGAUGGACUGAAAAAAAUCUCCAACAACGUACAGUAUGCGUCUGGCUGUGAUAACGACGUUUGUGAGAACUACAACAGCGGAGCGGUGACGCAAGCAGUCAAAGGCGCGGAGAUUAUCUUCCUGUGUUUAGGAGCAGGUCCUUCUGUGUCUGAAGAGGGGAAUGACAGAACUAACCUUAGAUUACCCGGAAAACAAUCUCAGCUCCUUAACGACGCCAUUCAAAACCGGAACGGAGCUCCAAUAAUCCUUCUACUGUUUAAUGGCGGUCCGAUAGAUUUAAGCCUGGCCGAUUCAAGCCCGGAUGUGGCUGCCAUACUGGAUUGUUUUUUGCCUGCCCAGGCCUCAGGGGAAGCAAUCCGGAGAGUUUUGAUCAAAGAAGGCCCUGGAUCAGUUCCGGCGGGACGGUCUCCGUACACUUGGCCUCUGUCCGAAAGCGAUGUAAGCCGUUGUCUGAUAAAACGCGAAUGCAUCCGGAGUGUGUGA